AGCCUCAUCCCACCAGUUCACCCAAAACUAAACAUUCUAUUUCAAUAUGACGAACAUUGUGUCGGUUUCAACUAACGAGAACACUCCGAUUGGCCAAAAUAUUGGAUCCAUCAAAAAUACGAUGUCACCCACUGAAAUAUCUAUUCAGCAAUUGCCGAAUCUCGCAUCGAAUUGGUCGACAUUUCUUAGAGAUAUUACCAACGAUCGAAAGCUGCGAGCUGAGCGUAUAAAUCGGCAGUCGGAAAAUGUCAUACAAUUUAUAAAUAGAUUUCCCCUUCUGGAAUCUUCCUGAAAAUCCUGCCGGAGGUGAAAAUUCUGAUAAUUU